AUGUCCAAAGUAGCUUCCCAGUCCGGGUCCCGCCACAAGGCAUCCGCCGCAGCGAGGAUCUCGUCCUUUGUGCAUUCGUCGUCAGUCUCAGUGAAUCCACCGCCUAAAACAACUGCAUCGACUUUUGAAACCUACCCUUCGAAGCAUAUUCGCCGCCGCGGGUCCUAUGAAAUCAGAAACCUGAAGCCUUCAACAGGGAUCCAAGAUCCCACCCGGAAGACAGAAACCUUUCGACAAGAUGAUGCAGAGAUUCCUGCGACUCCGACCCCGCCUGCCACUCCGGCGCCUCGUCAGCGGGAAGAGGUCCCCACUUCCGCCCCGCCUCCCGCUCCCGCUCCCGUACCGGCCUGCACCAUUACCGCUCCCACUCCUGAUGCCCAGCCAGCGGAGCCUCUUGGCAGGCCGAUCCCCGCGCCGCAGCGAGACUACCGCCCCACCACACCGAUUCCCGAUGGGACCGCGACUGUUCCGCCACUCGCCCUCCCUGUCAUCAAACGCACGGUGUCUAUCCAGCGGGCCCCCGUCCCUAUCACCAUGACCCCUAUACCCGAGGAGCCGACAGGCGCCCCCGGCGACCACAUCGACGAGUUGAAAACCGGGCUUCAGGCACUGCUAAGCAAAAUGGACGUGAUGCAGCACGAAGCGCACAAUUCGUCCGCGCUGGCCGAAAAGGAAGAGGAGAUUGAGUCACUCCACACGUACAUCGCCAACCUGGAGAACCGACACAAGCGGGCCAAAGAGCUCUUGGCGAACCGAGAGAUCCAGGUCCUGCAGCUAGAGGGCCAGUUGGCUACGGAGCGGAGCAACGCGGCAUUACUCAAGACCGAGUUGGAGAUGGCGGAAGAUGCUAGGGCAGAGUUUGAGGAGAGCGUGACGAAGGAAAAGCAGAAUGUUGUGCGGCUGGAGGAGGAGAAGCGAUUGGUCAAUGAGCUUCUGCAGGAGAGCGAGAACAGCAAUAAUCUGAUCUACGAUGAGCUGAGCACGUCGGAGGAGGAGAAUGAGAGUCUCAUAAAGCUGCUGACGGAGGCCAAUACUGUGAUAAACCGCCUGAGGGAUGAGAAGGCUGAAGAUGCGUUUUUCAUCCAGGCGACGCAGCAGAUGUUGCUUGAGUCGGAGGCGCGGAACGCGCUCAUGCAGAAGAAUGCCGAAGAAGCAUCUCAGGCGGACAUGGUGGAUGAGAAAAAGACAUCUGAUAUCGAGGAGCGGUAUCAGAAGGAACGCGAUCAGUGGGCUGACAUCUUCGAUACGCAGAGGAUCCAGAUCUCGAAGUUCGAAGACAAACUGAUGGAGCUGCAAAAUGAGAUCGAGCAGUUCCAUACCGAAAGAGCCAAGCAUCAGGAGACGGAGAGCGACAACCAGAUGCUUCGCACUCGAAUCGUCUUCCUGCAGUUCCAGCGAGUUGCAUUGACCAAAAGAAGAACGGAAAUUGAACGUCAGCUAUCGACCGCACAGAAAGCAGUCAUUGAAACCCAGAAUCGCUUAACUGGAUUGCAGAAAGCAUAUGAAAAGUCGGAAAAGCUCUUGCAGGUAACGCAGUUAUCCAUCCCCAACACUCAACCUUACACUGGUUGGAAUGCAACGGCCACGGAGACUUUGUGUAGGUGA